AUGUCCGCCAUUAUAGAACAUCAAACCCUCGCCUUCAACGAAGGCGAGAUAGCCCUUCACGACAAACUCCACGUCCCCCACGGAGAUAACCCCACGAGUACAUUUCUCAAUCAAUAUGGACAAUUCAUGGUACCGCGUGCCCCGUUGAUAGGUCUAGGAGCAUUAGACGAUGAUGGCAGACCAUGGUCAACGGUAUGGGGCGGAGAAACGGGAUUUUCAUCUGUGAUUGAUACUGAUAUUGUGGGUAUGAGGGCUGUAGUUGAUAGACUUCAUGACCCUGUUGUCAAUAGCUUGUUCGGGGAUGCCAAGGGUACUAAUGGCUCUACUAUCAGGACAAAUCGUCAGGGUAAGAUGGUUUCUGGUGUUACUAUUGAUUUGGAGAAUAGGAAAAGGGUCAAGUUAUAUGGGAAAGUCAUUAUGGGCACCUUGGAGGAUCCUGAAGAUGAAGGUAACUUAGGACUGGAAGGGAAGCGCGGUCAUGCUCAGUUAGUUGUGAAGAUUGAAGAAAGUCUAGGAAACUGUCCCAAAUAUCUCCACAAAAAACACAUCAUACCUGCUAUCCCACAACCAAAACUCAUCUCAGCCUCCUCUCAACUGUCUCCCCAAGCAAUAGAACUCAUCAACAAGGCAGACUGCUUUUUCAUAUCCUCAUACCACCAAAAUACAGACAUGGACACAAACUACCGUGGCGGCCCCUCAGGAUUCGUCCGAAUAAUAUCAAACCAGCCCGAAGGCGCCGUCCUCGUAUAUCCCGAAUACUCCGGAAAUCGUCUCUAUCAGUCACUAGGAAACCUGAUGAUGAACCACCGGGCGGGUCUUAUAUUUCCGGACUUUGAGAGGGGUGAUGCGGUUUAUAUGACUGCCGAGACUGAGAUUCUCAUCAAUGACGAUGCAGAUGCAAUUCUACCAAGAUCAAACCUUGCCGUGAAGAUGACCAAUGUAGAGGCACGAUAUGUUGAGAAGGCAUUGGGAUUCAGGGGUAUACCGGUUGAUAUAUCGCCAUAUACACCUCCAGUCCGAUAUCUACGGUCAGAAAAGGAGCAGUCGCUCUCUACAGCAGCAAAUGAAGGGAAGACUACAGCCCGGCUAGUAUCAAGAAAAAUAUUGAGUCCGUCGAUUGCUAGAUUCCGCUUCAAGCUUUCCAGCACUGAUAGCAAAAUACCUACAUAUAAACCUGGCCAACAUGCCGUAUUUUCAUUUAAAGAUGAACUUGACAUGGGAUACAGUCAUAUGCGUGAUGACGAUCCUCUAAGUCUCAACGAUGACUACACCCGAACGUUUACUGUAUCAUCUUUUUCGGGACAAAAAGGGUUGCCAGAUGAUGAAUUUGAGAUCACAGUCCGAAAGAAUCGCAACGUGACUACUCGUCUGUUCCAGUGGAAUCCUUGCACGCAGCUCGAGGUGCCAAUGUUGGGCUUUGGGGGUAGUUUCAAGAUUGAAACAUCACGAACAAGCAACGACGUCGUCCCCUUUAUAGCUGGAGGAAUCGGUAUAACACCGCUAUUGGGGCAACUACCUGGUCUUGAUAUUUCACAUCUUCGAUUGCUCUGGUCAAUUUCCGCGAACGAUAUUGACGUUGUCAAAGAUACAUUCCGGCAAUUUCCCGACUUGGCCGAUUCGUCGACAUUGUUUAUUUCUCAAGUAGACAAGGUGGACGAUAGCUCCAUUCUGAGAAGUUUAGAAGAUAUAGAAGCCACCGGAGUGGCGAUUGAACGUCGACGUAUAAAUGCGAUGGAUCUGAAGCGUAUAUCGGCAAAUACAUUCUACCUCUGUUCAGGCCGUGCUUUACAGACGUCGGUGUUGGAGUGGCUGAAGGGGAAGGAUAUUGUUUAUGAAGAUUUCACCUACUAA